AUCGCAGUUCGCGGACUUCCGGUUCAGUGAGGAGGAAGAAUUAUAGAGCUGCUGUCAGUGGCUGUGAAUUCAAAAGUUGUAUUUUACCAUCCCUGUAAAAGAAACAUGGCUGCACACUCAUUGGGCUCUCGGCCAAGAACAGAAGAUGUGCUCCAAGCUACAGGGGAAGCUCAGGAUUUUAAAACUCUUCUAUUGUCACAGCCUGUACUUGAAGGCUUGGAGGCUGCAGGAUUCACCAAACCAUCUCCAGUACAGAGCAAAGCCAUACCACUUGGGAGAUGUGGACUAGAUUUAAUAGUGCAGGCCAAGUCAGGGACAGGAAAAACAUGCGUCUUCUCAACGGUGGCUUUAGAUUCUCUGAUUAUGGAAAAUACUGCUACACAGAUCCUGAUUUUGGCACCUACAAGGGAAAUUGCAGUUCAGAUCCAUUCAGUGAUUAUUACUAUAGGUAGCCGUAUGGAAGGGCUGGAGUGUCAUGUAUUUAUAGGAGGGACUCCACUGCCUCAGGACAAAGCAAAGCUGAAGAAGUGCCACAUAGCCGUAGGCUCCCCUGGCCGGAUAAAACAAUUGAUAGAAAUUGGCUUCCUUAACACAGCCAGUAUUCGUCUUUUCAUUCUCGAUGAAGCAGAUAAACUUCUAGAAGUAGGGAGCUUCCAGGAACAAAUUAACUGGAUUUAUUCAUCACUUCCGGCUAACAAGCAAAUGCUGGCAGUUUCAGCAACAUACCCAGAAUUCUUGGCACGAGCACUAACAACGUACAUGCGGGAGCCAGUGUUUGUCAGAUUAAAUGCAACUGACCCUAGUCUUCUUGGGUUAAAGCAAUAUUAUAAGGUGGUAAAUUCAUACCCACUUCCACACAAGACCUUUGAAGAGAAAGUACAACAUUUGCAAGAACUGUUCAGCAGAAUUCCUUUUAACCAAGCUUUAGUGUUCUCUAAUCUUCAUACCAGAGCUCAACAUUUGGCAGAUAUUCUUACAGCCAAAGGUUUCCCAGCUGUGUGUAUAUCAGGUAGUAUGAACCAAAACCAAAGACUUGAUGCAAUGGCCAAACUUAAGCAGUAUCACUGUCGUGUUCUGAUUUCAACUGAUCUUACUUCACGUGGAAUUGAUGCAGAGAAGGUGAAUUUGGUUGUAAACUUGGAUGUGCCGCAUGACUGGGAAACAUACAUGCAUCGAAUUGGCAGAGCUGGAAGAUUUGGUACCUAUGGUCUAUCUAUUUCUUACUGUUGUCGAGGAGAAGAAGAAAAUCUAAUGCUGUCUAUAGCUCAAAAGUGCAAUCUCCGCCUGCUUCCUCUUCCUGAUCCAAUUCCUGAUGGAUUGAUGGAGGAGGCCUGUGACUGGGAUAUUGAAGUGACUCCAGUGAAGGUUACAUCUGAUCAUUUAACUGCAUGUAAAAGUACACCUUCAGAAGCCAAAGAAGAUGAUGUGGUAAAAAUGAAUCUUGAUAGAAAUCCUUAUCCCAAACACUCCAUUGUCAAAGCCGUUUCAAAAGCUGUUCAGCGUAAGCCUAAAAAGGCGGUCAAAAAGAAGAAUACAGAAGGAGCCAGUUCAGAGGGACUGCCAAAUCUAGAGACUUCUAGUUUACCUAAGAAACCAAAAGAUACCAGAAAGUCUACAGAAAUGGUGGAGAAUGUGGGAAUUGACAACAAAGUUCAGGACAACCUUGAAAGUUCAUUACCUAAAAUCCCAAGCUUAUCAUCAUUUAAGCGUCCUGUGGUUUGCACAUCGUCCUUUGCUGAACUUGUUGAAGACUAUGAGCAGUUUAUUAAAGAAGGACUUGAAAAACACGUCGAAGUCAUACGUGUGUACAAAGGUAGUGGAAGUCUUAUAAACACUCAAACAGAUGAAACCCUUGAAAAAGAAAGUAAUGUGGUGGUGCAAUCAGACACUGCUAGUAUCUCUGAAAUACAUGACUGUAGUAUGAAUUCAGAUGAGAAGAUUGAAAGUAGUUCAUCCAGUUCUUUAUCAGAGAGUGAUAGUGAAGAAUCUACUUUUUCACAAGGGAAUUUGAGGUCUAUGGAACUUUCAAGUUCUUGCCCAGACCUCUUCAUUGAAAGGACAGAUGAAGCUGAUGUUGACAAAUUAAAUGUAAAAGGUUUGAACGUGCCACUAGAGAAGGUACAGCAGUCAAGCUUAGUCAAAGCUUCUGUUGAGGAGCCUGUUUUCAGUAAUGUAAUAAAGCCUAGAAAACGGGGCAAAAAAGUAACGCAUAUUUCGAGAAGAGAGCUUUGCCAGGAAAUUCGAGAUGAUAUGUACCAGCUGGACUAUAGAAAUCCAUCUGGGUUUCCAUAUGGCAAGAUGAGCUAUGCUGACUAUUGGCGAUCCUAUUAUCAAGCAUGGCAAACGUACCACUCUGCGAUUUCUAGUUCUUAUUACAGGAAAUUGUAUAAAUGCUCCAACUGGAUGUCAGCAUAUCACAUGCAAUCUGUCUACCUUCAUGAAAUGCUAAAGCCAUAAUUACUCUUGUUGCCAAAUUAAACAUACCAUUUUUUAUAUUGGACACUUUUUUUUUUCUUGUUACAGUUCAACAGUUAAUAUUUUGUACACAGAAUAUGUAUAUAUUGUUGUGUGUUACUCCUAUAUAUAUUUUUGCUGAAUAAAUUAUCUUGUCUGUUCACAUGUGCAUGAUUAGGCUCAUAGUUAAAUGUAUUUAAAGGUUAUAGUUGGGAAACUUGGGUCUGCUUUACAAGAUAUUCAGCAUCAAAUAUAUAUGCAUUAUAUAGCAAUGAAACUCUGUUGUCCCAUGCUUUCAAAACGCCCUAAAAUGCAGGUUAUGUACAGUCAAACAUCUCAGCCUGGUAGUUUCAAAGUCCUCUUGGGUACGAGGCAGCAGUUUGUCACUAAGAAACCAUCCUUAUCCUCGGUUGUAUUUUUAUUUAUUUUUUCUUACACAUGUGCUAAACAUGCAUGUAUAAUCUCUGAACUUUAUCACCACCUACAGUACAUUUCAUAUAAUUUUUCUUCAACAGUAGAGCUCUAAGGCUUUCUGCCAUGAUCAUAACGUCUUGUUCACUAUCCAUUUGUCUUUCAAAACAAGUUACAUUUACAGGUCAUCAGUCAUAUGGAUUCUAUGGGUUUCUUAGGAGAGUAUUCUGUUCUAAAAGUUAGUUUAAACAUUUAUCAUAACGAUUGCUUACUGUAACAUCUUCUAGUUUUUUCUAUUUAGCCAGUCCUUGGAUCUGGCAUUGCUUUAAAGUCUGAGGUGUGAGAUCACCAAUAUGUAGAAAAACUUUGAUAAAGUCACUCUUGCUUUCUAACUACACUUUCACUUUGAGCCUAGUUUGACUCUUAAUCCUAUGGACAGAAAAUAAAUGGGUUUUAGUAAAGUGAUGAUGGAGUUUAUUUAUUUAUUUUAUGUUUUUUUUUUUUUUAGCUCAUCUUAAGCAUUAAAAAAAUGUUUACUCCUAAAAUCACGUUUCUUUCUUUUCCAUUGGGGGACAUGGAAAAUAUUUUACAUCUUGUGUGAUACUGCCACCUUCAGGAGGAUCUGACCCAGUAUAUCUCUUACCAGCAUGCCUCUUUUCUUCAGCUCUUCCAAUACCAAUUGAUAUGUAGAGGAAUGUUGGUGCUCCUAGCCUGCAUGAAAAUCCCUCUGGAACUCCAGGUGCCAACCAAAGGGAGCUCAACCAUGUUCCAUGAAUUUAAGAGAUGGGCCCUUUCACACUGAUGUGUGUUUUCUGUGCUUUUACCUUGCAAGAAAAAUGCAACAAAAAAAAACAUAUUUCCCUUUUUUAAAUCCCAUGGAAUUCUUCACACCAAUAAGCUGCUGCUGUGGUGCGUCUUUGGUGUGCUUUUCAAAAGUUUAACAAAAACGCAUCUCCCUACUGAAAUUAAUAGAAAAGGCAUCAAAACACACUGAGUCGCCGCAUGUCAAAGUUUUACAGGCGCAUGCUGGGAGCCAGGCAACCAGAAAAUGCAUCAAAAACAAAUGCAUUUUUACCGCUUUUUCUUUUCAAGGGAGCAGUGCGAGUGAAAGUUCCUACAAACUAAGUGGUACACCAAUGGCAUCAUAUCACAUCCAGCUUCUUUAAACCCACACAUAAACACUGCAGCCUUGCCUAGAACCACCCCUCUCUAAAACUUCACCCAAUUUGGGCUUGAUCCAUAGGCACCACAUUAGAGCCAUCAUGCCCUCAUGUUCCUUUGCCCUUUUGGCUGAGGUUUUCACUACAGUCAUGCAGGACUUUGACCCUCUUUUUUUUUUUUGGUUGACCACAGAGGCUAUAAGCAUGCACCCAUGCCCAUGUCUACAAGUUCUGUAUCUGGUCAGCCCAUGGUCUUAGCAACUUCUGAGCCAUUGACCACAGACCCUGUCUGAUUGUAAGCCAUCAGCCGUUGCAGUGUUUGAUUCUGUCAUUGGUAGAUGAGCUUAUCCUGGAGGAAUCCAUAUUCUAUUCCUUUCAAAAUGAAGCAGACCAUUCUGUCUCUUUUUGAUGUGAUACUCGCCAUUCUGAAACUAGAGCAUCAGACUGUUUGUUCCACCCGUGCUGCUUCCAGUCUUGGUUUUUUUAGGGCCCCCAAGGCUGCAUAGACUGUUCAUUGUACAUGAUGUUCCAACUCUUCUCUACAGAGAUUGGGAUCAUCCUAACAAGCUAUUUUCUCCUCCCAAAUGCCUAAUAACCGUGUAUUCAUUUGGUGUGGACUUUGUGCAAAAGUGGCAUAUCCUCUACCAUCUCGAUGGAGGAUAAAGUAUAUUAUUCUCACUGGCAGUUCUCUCGCAUACAGAAUGUGUGGAAUCGUAUGUCUAUGGUUUUAAACUUUGUGACGGUUUGCUGGAGGCUUCCUACCUUAUCACCUGCAUGGGUCUUAUGUCCGUUCACAUAUGUAAGACACUAGACUGCAGAACACGGUCUCCUUGGAUCUACUCUCCAUGCCAUUAUCAAGGAUGCUACUGGUGGCAAGAGCACACAUAUUCCUCAGAAAAAAAAAACUUAAGGAGCAUACUCCAAAUACUUUUCUCAAAUCUGGUAAGAAAUGUCCCUUUUCAUUUCUCCACUUCUGUGCAUGCUGUCAAGACCCCCUAACUCUAGGGCUCAGUCUGCCAAAUGCAGACAAGUCAUCUUCCACAUGAAGGUAUGCCAUUAUCUUAUAAUGUGGGUGGGUGGGGGUGUGCUUGUUAACAUUUGUGGACAUUUGGAAAACUUGCAUAUCGGAUGAUUAGGUGCAGGAGGUGGUAUUCCAGGGGUACACACUUCACCCUUUGCCCCCCCCCCCUCAAAUUCUUAUUUCCCAAAUUAUCCUGUCUGUAUAGAUUAACAGAUCUCCAUCUGGCCCUCUUAGGGCUUCUUGACGAAAGCCCAGACUGUGGCAGAAUAGUUUUAAGGAUUCUACUUCAACCUGUUUACCAGUUUCCCGCCUGUCUUGGGUCUCAAAGCUCUGAAUGUCUUAAUUUGAGUUGGGAACUUCCACAUAGAAUCCACCUAGUCUGUUAAUGCCUCCCUUCAUCAGUGGGUUUCUGACCUUUUUUUAUGAACAAUAAGGUUGGGUAUCUGCAUCUUCCCAUUAUAUCAACCUUCUUUUGUAUUUCUUCUUUUUUUUUUGUAGGGUCCCUUUUACCAAAUAAUUACCCUGACCUUCGAAUCUAUCUGGGUCUAAUUUUGGACACAGCUCAGGCGCCAGGGUCUUUCUUAUGCAAGGGAAAUUUCAGAUUCUCUAAUAUAUAUGAGCUCUGCACUUUAUCUGACUUUUCUCUCUUGUAUUAGUCUUGGGCCUCCUUUCAGAGCGUUCCCAUUUUCCCAGCUUUUUUCCAGAUCUCUUCAGUGCAACUUAUUUUUUUUAUCAUGGAAGAGGUCAAUCGGGUUCCUGGACAGACCGAUUAAUUUGGCACAUUCAGCUAGGUUGUCUCUGGCUUAGUGACCCUGGAAUUGAGGAAGUUCUUAUUUCUGUCUUUUGGGCGAUGCUUACGAUUGACACCAACCUGACAAGCUGGGGAAGAACCCUGUAUACCAUGUCAGUGCAGGGGACUUUGUUGUUGAGGGAGUUUCAUCUCUAGAACAAAAUCCUGGAACUAAGGGAAACUUGGAGGUCCCUCUACCCUCCCUGCUGAGGGUAAUUUGAUCAAGAUUUUGUUGGACAACGCCACAGUGGGAGCCAGAAGUCUUGCGGUGGCAAGAGAGGUAGCUCCUAUCCUGUCCUGGGCAGGACUUCACAUUGCAGCCUUGUCCAUUGUGUACAUACCAGGUGUGAACAUUUGGCAGACAGGCUUUCUCAGCUUGCACUGUCUGGACUGGAAGGGAGGAGUGGUCCCUGCCCCUGUAGGUCUCCAAAACCUUUGUCAUAGAACGAAUGUCGGCCUCCUGACCUUCAAGAUUAAUGACAACCUGUAAAAGCUUCAAAAUGCAGGUAUGCUUUAGCAGAAGCAGUGGAUACUCCAAGGGAUUAGUACACCCUGAAAGUUCUUCUAACUCCUUAUUUGUAGAAUCAAGAUGGAGGGCAUUUGGUAGACCUCAUUGCUCUGGAAUUGCCCAGGUGGCUGAGGUAUGCCUGCCUUGCAAAACUUCUGUCACACACUGUUCUCCACCAGAUUUUCAAGUCUCAAGGUCCGAUUUAUGUUUCUGCUUCAGUUUUGUCUCUGAAUCAGUGAUUUCUAUGGUAUUACAAGCUAGGCAGUCUAUUUUCUGCAAGAUCUAUCAUCUGGCAUGAAAGGCACACUUCACUUGGUGUGAGUCUUGGGGCUUCCACCCUAGACGUUUCUCUGUAGGACCAAUCUGCUCCUACCACUGGCUUCACUACUCGAUUCAGAUUUUGUACAGGGAGUAUCCCAUGUAACUCCCACAGUUUGUACCCCUGUGACCCCAUGGGAUUUAAAUCCUGGUUCUCUGAGCUUUAGAAAUGGCUAUUUGAACCUGUUAUUUCUCACUUACCUACAUGGUGCUGUUUUCUGUUGUCCUCACAUCUGCAAGGCAAAGGCCUGUACUGGUGAUCCUAUCCUGUGAGGAACCUUUUCUAUUUUUCAUAGGCACAUGGUGGUGUUUGAGGACAAGGACAUCCUUUCUUGCCUAGGGUAGCUAUUCAAUACCUAUGUCCAGCUCCAGUUCACCAAAAGAAAAUCUACCCUCCAUUGUGUGGUUUGGUCUUUUUAAGGUCUCUCAGCCACUGAUUCUUUCUUCUUUGUUUUCUUGGAUGUCCACUUUAAGGAUGAACCAGCUUUCCACUUCUCUAGGUGGCUCAGACCAUCAACCAGAUCAUCGCCCAGGCUUAUGGUCUUAAGGACUGUGUUCCAUAAUGUCUUGUCAAUGUGCUAAAUAUGAGUUCUUGGACUUUUUGUCAUCUAAGCAACUGUUUUCCACGUUUUCAAGGCUGCCAACUGAUUUUCUGUUAACACGUUCAAUCAGGUUGAUUUUGCGGCAUCAUCUAAUACCCACUUGGGUCCUUGAGGUAGCUCUUUGAACUACAGGCAGACCCUAGUUCUCGGUUUUCUUGGGUCUGUUGGCAUUGUGUUUGCUGUGUUACCCACUCAGUUGGAUUGCUUAUGGAUGUCCUGAAGGUGAAAGACCUCAAUGCUCCAUUAAGAAAAAUGUUCAGUUUACCGUAAAAUCCUUUUCUUUUAGUCUAUUGAGGAACACAAGCCCAAUCUCCCUGUUUUUUACGAUCAUUCUCUUGAUACUUCUUUACUACAAAACUGAGGCAUGCUGUUAGAUUAUUCUGAGCUGGCCUACAGACUUUGUGUGCCAAGCUACCUCCUAGUUUGCAGUAUGAACCAAAGGUGAAAUAAUUAGUUUUCUCCAAUAGACUUCAAAAAUUGCUUUGCAAAAUCCUGUUUUAUGAAACCAUGCCUUUUAUCCACAUGAGUUGUGGAAUAGAUUUGUACCCCUUCAAAUAUUUUGUGUGUGGGUUUUUUUUUUUUUUAUAUUGUGUUUUGAUUUAUCUAGUUUAAAAAAAAAUCCAACAUUCCCUUAGCUCAUUAAUGACAGUGCUGAUUCAUUGCACAGACUUUGUAGAAAGUGAGGAGAAUAUCAACAAGUAAGAAAUGGAUUACUGUUAAAAAGAUUAUAUAUAUAUAUAUAUAUAUAUAUAUAUAUAUAUAUAUAUAUAUAUAAUGGCAAUUUUGUCUGAUUUUUAAUACAUGAAUUAAGGUGCCUUCAUUCUGUGAGCUACACAACCAUGACUUAAAUAGAAGUUGAUUGUUUAAAAGUGUCACUUUCUGUGAUUUAGGUAUAAUAAAUAAGUCUUGUUCUACCCAUGGAAUAAACAAUUGGAUAUGCAAGUGAA